AUGGUGCUCACGGUCAACUGCCAAAGUCUUCGUUGUUAUAGUAAGCAUCUUGACAUUGCAGUGCUAGUGCAGAAAUAUAAUCCCGAUGUAGUUAAUGCAACAGAAACUCAUCUUAACAUGGAAUUUACAAACUCGGAACUUGGCCAAAGGGGAUAUGAUAUAAUAAGAUGUGAUAGAGUUGGUGACUUGGGACCUGGGGUAGGAGUGUUAGUAGCCACACGGCAAGACCUACUAAUUUCACCAACAUCCUUGCUACAUACUGAUGGUCUUGAAGCAGUGUUUGGCAAGAUAAAUAUAUCUGGAUCCAAAACCCUUCAUGUUGGAUAUGUUCGCAGACAACCCAACAACAACCCUGAUCCAAUCAAUUCAACACAUUGA